CACGAAACAUUCAACAAGUAAACAUUAAACAGACAUGCCGCGACCCCCGAAAAGAGUUCACCAGGAGGCCAAGGAAGAGUCGGCUCCACCAGAUCUGCCGCCAAGCAAAUCCGCUCCAGAAAAUGUGGAAGCAUUCACAAACCAAGGGUUCAAAAAUGUAAUCGCCGCCACGAAAGCCGCCAAUGCCUUUCCACAAGGAACCGCCCGCGCCCUUUACCUAAGCUAUCCGGGCUACGCACGUGUUAUGGACGACCUGUCCCAACGGGUGGUGGCGCUCAUCGGAAACGUGCUGCAGGCCAACGGCAUCAAAGGCGACAUCAGAAAACGCCAAGUGGAAGAACAGUUUGAGAUGGUGCAGGAGAGCAACGACAUACUAUUUGAGCGCAUAACGACCAAUCUGGACAUUAAGAGUGGUCUGCGACGAAAUCCUCAACAGGUCGUAGAGGCCCAGGUGGACGUGAUAAGCAGCUCUACUUCCGCAGAACCAGCAGAAGUUUCUCCACAAACCCAAGAGACUCCAAAGGCGGGCAGCUGGAAUAGAACGACAGGAACACCCCAACGCAACAUGGUUUCCGCUCGUCUCUUUACCGCCAAGAACAUUGUUCGCCCGCAGACGCAAUUUAAGGAGCCGGUGGAUAACAGUGCCCAGAAUCCGUUUGUUCCAAGGCUCAAGGAGAAACCUAACUCUCUCAAGCCACUGGCCCUGCUACCCGAAUACGAUGAUGCCGGCAAUAUCCAAUCCUAUUUGCAUCCCUACGAGUUUGAGCUGCUAAAGUUUCAGCCUGCGGCGGAUCAGCUGCAAAAACAAAAGCCAGUGCUUCCAGCGCUGAUGGCAGACACCGAGCUUAUGGUGGUUGACACGGUGGAAAAACUGGAGCAGGCAUUGGAGGAACUAAGGCAAGCGCCCCAGAUCGCCAUUGACGUGGAGCACCAUUCGUACCGCACCUUCAUGGGCAUUACUUGCCUGGUCCAGAUGUCUACUCGCAGCAAAGACUAUAUUUUUGAUACCCUGAUCCUACGCGAUGAUAUGCACAUACUGAAUUUGGUACUCACCGACCCCAAGAAGCUAAAGAUCCUGCACGGCGCCGAUUUGGACAUUGAGUGGCUGCAGCGGGACUUAUCGUUGUAUAUCGUCAACAUGUUUGACACGCAUCGAGCUGCCAAAGCGCUGAACUUGGCCAGGUUAUCGUUGGCUUAUUUGCUGAAGCACUACCUGGAUUUGGAUGUGGACAAGAGCCUGCAACUGGCCGAUUGGCGGAUGAGGCCUCUCCCCCAGCAGCUGGUGGACUACGCUCGCCAGGAUACCCACUUUUUGAUAUAUGUUUAUGAACGCAUGACAAACGAUCUGCUGCAGCAGCAUGCCGAUCCGGGAUUACUGGGCAGUGUUUAUCAACAGAGCUCGGAUGUCUGCAAGAAGCGGUAUAAUAAGCCUCAUAUCGGACCAGAAUCUCAUUUGGAUUUAGUUCGAAAAACGAAGCGCUCUUUCGACAACCGCCAACUGUAUGCCCUUCGCGGAAUCUUCGAGUGGCGCGAUGCGACGGCGCGGUCAGAGGACGAGAGCUACGGCUAUGUGCUGCCCAACCACAUGAUGCUGCAAAUCGCAGAGAGUCUACCAAGGGAGAUGCAGGGAAUCCUCGCCUGCUGCAAUCCCAUUCCGCCGCUGGUGCGCCAACAGCUGCACACGCUUCAUCAGAUUGUCCUCAAGGCGCGCGAUCAGCCGCUGGUCAAACCGAUCCUGGAAGCUCGCAGCAGUACACAGGCAUCACUGCCUCCCUCGACCAAAGACUUCAGCAGCAAGCUCUACUGUCCACACGAUUUUUCGCAUCUGGAGGAGAUACGCGACGACCUGCCAACGCUGUUAAAACGUAGUUCUACUUCAGGGAAACUGGAGAUGCCCAGAGCGGAGGAGGUUGUCGAAGAAGGCCUGCCCAUAGUAGCACCAGCAAUGGCUCUGUUCGAGAAGCAGUCCAAGCCGACCCAAGAGGAGGAGCAGCGCUGGGCCCACCUUCGCAAGGAGAGCCAGACUUUGCGUAUGCCCUACAAACGGUACCUCGCCAUCCUUCCACUGAUGGUGCAACUAAAGGCUGACCAGUUGGCCAGGGAGCGAAGUGAGUUGCAAAAGAGGCAAUUGUGUCCGACGGCCCCAACUGUGGAGCAAAACAUCAAGCUGGAGGCAGAUGCCAUCAAGAAGGAGGAGGAUGUCGUGUACUCCGUGCCGCUGAAGGAACAGCUGAAGCGCAAGCACCCACAAACAAACGGCAAAACAGAUGCGGAUCAGCAGCCAACUACCAGCAAGAGACCCCGCAAGGAUGAGAACAGACAACCUAAACCGCCGGUGAAGAUUGAACCAGUCGAAGAAGUUCAACAGGCUGCGGGCGAAAGCGAUGACGAGGUCGUGGAAGUUCCUAUAGAAAGGCAAGCCACGGAGCCGCCAAAACCAUCGCCAGCACAGAAUAAGAGGCAGCAGAAGAAAAGUCAGUUCCAGCGCGGAUUCAAGGCCAAAAAUCGAGGAAACCACCCGCAGAGCUCCAGUCAGCAGAUUCCGCAGCACACGGGUGAAGGCAACUUUGACUACAAAAACGUGGACUUCCGCCAAUUCAAGGGAGGAGCGCAAAGAGCCCGCGGCACAGAAAUCAAACAGCAAAUUCGCGGCAAGAACCGCCCCAACAAUCGCAACAAUAAGCAGUUCAACAAGCUUUUUACAUUUAGUAAUGUAAGGAAAGAAGGCAAAAAAUAAACUGCAAUCGUGACGAAGUCUGUAAAAUAUA